AUGUCGACGUCCUCAACAACUUCAACAAACACACCACGUUAUGGUGCUCCUCCAGUAAUUCCAAAACCCAUUCCUAUAACGAAAAACGGCGUCAUAAAAAUCAAGGAGCUUAGGCCAUGGAUUCGUGGCUUUGACUUAAAAUGCAUUAUAUUGCAACAUCUUUCAUAUCGUGCUUUGAAGUCUAUAGCAGAAGUUGAGAUUCAUAAUUUUCUUGUGGCUGACGAUACAGCAGUGUGUACUCUUGUAAUUUGGGAAAAUGGUCAAUUUUACAAAAGUGGUGAUAUUGUUCAAAUCACCCAUGGUGAAACUAGAAUUCAUGAAGGUACAUUCGAAUUAACUGUAAAUAAAAAUUUUGGAAAGAUAAAAGUCGUUGAUUGGUGA